CGGGGGCAGGGGGUGCUGGGGUGCAGCAUGGUCCGUGCGCGCCUGGGAUGCGUCCCCUCCGCAUUUCCCACGGUCCCGCUGUCAGCCCGGCCCAUCACUCAGUCAGUCUUUAUCUGCUCGGGUACCCGAGGGUAUGCACACCUCAUCUGGACUCUCCUGAACUUCGGGAAGGGCUAACUGAGGGGAAGCAAUGUUAGCACCGUUGUGGAGGAAGCUGUGGAUUAUUAUCAAAUGGAUUUCGCUUUCCACAAGUUUGAGGAAUCUGGGCUUAUGCCCCCACCCAGAAACAUCCACAGUGCCUGAGCUCUCCUGACUUGCCCUGUAAUGAUGAACCCUUUGGUGUGAUCUGUACCCCCUGGAAUAGCCUCAUAGAACUGCCAGCUGGGAAUGAUCUGGAACAUUUUACCUAUAUCACCUUGUGGUGGCAUAUGGGAUGUAUGAGAUAUUUUCUGAUAUUGUUGAUGGGAACCACGUGAAGAGCAAAAGAAAUGUUAGCCCAAAGGGAAGAGAGAAUGAAAGUAACACAUAUAAAAAGAGAAUAAAAACCACAAAGCCUAGAAACAGAAACUUCCCAGGAUGGACUGUCCUUACUCAGAGAACCAGGGCAGAUGAGAUAGUUGUAGUUUAUAAAUUCCAACAAGCAGGUCAAUAGAUGUGGGAGGAUGUGAAUAUCUUAGGAUCUUGAUGUGGAGAAGAUCUUGAUGAAAUAAUGGUAACUGGAGGCUGUUAUUGCAAAAAUGACAAAGGAAAAUGCUUCUGUGUUGUAACUUGUUCCGCCUGUCUCCCAUAAGCUGCUGCUCUCACGUUUACCUCCCUGGGCUGGGUUUCUGAAGACAAUUGUUUUGUGCUACUAAGUAGAAAGCACUGAGAGGAAACAUAGCUUAAGAAAAAGUGAUACUUUUGAGUUAACUAUUAACCAGAUUCAAACAAGCUCAAGCACAUUUCAAGUGAGGGUGAGUUGCUGGGCUGUUGAACAAGAAGGAGCUCCAGAGUGAAGAAUAGGCAUGGGGAUACUCUAUUCAGAGCCCAUCUGCCAGGCAGCUUAUAACAACGAUUUCAAUAAAGUUCAUCUCCUUUUGGAGGGCAACAGCAACUGUUUGAAUGUACAGGACAGCUUCCUUGGAGACACGCCCUUAAUUUGUGCAUGUAGACAAGGAAACAACAGGAUAGUGAAUUAUCUUCUUAGGAAACAUGCUGAUGUCAACCUCAGAAACAAGAAGCACCGCACUUGCCUCCAUUAUGCUGUGAGAAAACGUUUCACCUUCCUUGACUAUGUGCUCAUCAUAAUCCUCAUGCCAGUUAUGCUCAUUGGAUAUCUUCUCAUGGUCUCAAAGACAAAACAGAAUGAACACCUGGUCAAGAUGUUGCUUAGAUCUGGAGUCGAUGUGAAUGCUACAGACUUUUCUGGCAACACAGCCCUUCACUAUGCUUGUGAAAUGAAAAACCAGGCAGUCAUUCCUCUAUUGCUUGAAGCUCAUGCAGACACUUCUGUAAAGAAUCAGGAUGGGGAGACUCCCUUAGAUAUAGCAAGAAGAUUGCAGUUCCACAGCAUUGAAAGCAUGAUAAGAAAAGAUUCUUAGCCACCAGGGAUUCUCAGACAUGCAGAAAAUUACCUCAUCUGACAAUCUGCCUUUCACAACAGUGGGAGUCCUGCAAAGGAUGAGGGGUGACACUUGAUAAAGACUCAGUCCACAUCCACCCAUUCCUUGCAGACUUGGACAGUUUUGUGUGAGAUUCAUCAGGCCAAGGCCAUGAAGUUAAUUUUAUUUUACUAAGCCAUGAAUUACUACAAUAGUGUAGUAGUGUUCAAAACAUUGCCCUUUCCAUCUGUUUCAUCAGUUUUAUUAUUUGACUCCUGCAGACUGUGGAUUUUGAAAGCUAGUUAUAAAAUAUCUGGAAACCUAAAAAUUGCGUAUAAUGGUUUAUAUACAUAUAAUGCAGUCACUGCGAAAAUAAAAUAUCUUUUAGAAUGUGUGCUACUUGUUCCAUAGGAAAACUAAAUAAUAUGCUACAACAGUCAUAAAAGGCCUGGUACCCUUCUUCUUAAUAUUUAUCUUCCUACAAUGGGAGGGGCUGGGAAAACAGAUCUCUCAGUUGAGCCCUUCCUCCUUCCAUCCUUCCUACAAUUUUCACACACCUUAAUUCUCACGGUGUUGCUACAAGGGAUCUUGUAGGAUAGGACUAUCUUCUUUUGUUUUCAUUUAAGGAACACCAAAAAGGGAUUCAAUGCCUUACUGGAGACCAUAAAACAAGUGAAUCACAUUAAUGCAUUAAGAAAGAGUAAAGAAAAUAUGUUUGGCUCAGUAGAGAAAAAGGUCUCUUGACUACCUUUCCAAUAUAAACAGUGUACUAAAGAAAAAAAGGAAAUGAAUGAAAUGCCAUUGAUGGAAACCAGAUGUAUCAUUCCCAUGGGACUAGACAGGACAGCAUACUGUACAGAGUGAUGCAUGCAGGAGAGGAUAAUACCAAUCAUAAUAAUAAUAUAUGCAUGAGUCUUCUCUUGCAUAAGUGAAGGCAGAAGAAAACCUGCAGUAAUAAGCAAUGUAUUAAAAGUGGUCCAGUGCUUUGUGAUUUAAUAAUGCAGCAAUAAAAGGGAAACUUCUUUCAUA